AUGAGUAGCACAUUAGCAGAAUUCGACGAAUUAAAAUGGGAUCAUUCCAUAAAGAGACUUGAUAAACCUUCCUCCUAUUUGCUACGUAAGGCAAGAAGGAACCCUAAUGGUUUACAAGAUCUACGCCACUCUUUGGUUUCUGCCACCAUAUAUGUUGGUAAUCUAUCCUUCUAUACAAGUGAAGAACAAAUAUAUGAAUUAUUUAGUAAAUGUGGGAUGGUUAAAAGAAUCAUUAUGGGUUUGGAUAGAUUCAAAUUUACACCAUGUGGGUUCUGUUUCAUUAUUUAUAACGAACCUAAGGAAGCUUUGAAUGCAGUUAAAUAUUUAUCAGAUACAAAAUUAGAUGAUAAGAAUAUUUCUAUUGAUUUAGAUCCUGGAUUUGAGGAUGGAAGACAAUUUGGUCGUGGUAAAAAUGGUGGUCAAGUGGGUGACGAAUUAAAGUUUGAAUAUGAUGCUGCAAGAGGAGGGUUUGCUAUCCCAUUAGCAGAACGUAUAGCACCAAGAUUCGGUCAACCAAAACAUAUAUCUCAUAGAGGAGGACGUAGGAAUCAAACUCGUUUCCGUAGUCAAUUCGAAAAUUAUCCAAGUAAUGAAGAUUCAAUGGGUUCUGGUAAAUCUAGAUACUCUGGUAAUGACAAUACUAAUGAACUGGCUAAUGGAGAAGAGAAUAUACCUGAAUUAUCAGGAGCUCAAGGAGACGAAGACGAAGAUAACUACGUACCACAAUAG